UAGGAAUGGGAAUGGGGUUGGAUUAGUGUGGGGAGGGGUUGGGGUAGAAAUGGGAAUAGGAAUGGGAAUGGAGUUGGGAUUGGGGUUGAGAUGGGGAUGGGAAUAGGGUGAGACGGGAAUGGGAUUGGGAUUGUGUUAGGAUGGAAAUGGGGUGGGACUGGGUUGGGAGGGGCAUGGGGUGGGAUGGGAAUGGGAAUAAGAAUGGGAUUGUGUUAGGAUAGGGAUGGGAUGGGAUAGAAAUGGGGUUGGGGAUGGGAUGGGGAUGGGGAUGGGGAUGGGGUGGGAUGGGAUGGGAAUGGGAAUAGGAAUGGGACUGGGAUUGUGCUAGGAUGGGGAUGCGGUGGGAUAGAAAUGGAGUUGGGGUUGGGGUGGGGUUCGUGUAGGAAUAGGAAUGAAAAUGGGAAUGAGGUUGAGUUAGGAUGGGGAUGGAGAUGGGAAUGGGAAUGGAUGGGAAAGGGUUGGGGUGGGAUGAGAUGGGAAUGGGUUAGGAUGGAGAUGGGGUGGGGUGGGAUGAGAUGGGGAUGGGAAGGAGAUGGGGUUGGGCUGGGUUGGGGCUGGGCUGGGAAUGAGAAUGGGUUGAGGUUGGGUUGAGGAUGGGAUGGGAAUGGUGGAGAUUGGGAUGGCAGUGGAGUUGGGGUUAGGAUGGGGAUGAGGGUGGGAUAAAGAUGGGGUUGGUGUUGGGAUGGGGUAGGGUUGGAUGGGAGUUGGGAUCGGGAUGGGAAUGGGAAUGGGGUUAGGAUGCAGUGGGAUUGGGGAUGGGGAUGGUGUUGACUUGCGUUUGGUUGGGGUGGGGAUGGGGUUGGGGUGGGGAGGGGGUAGGUUGGGGCGUUGGCACCACGCCCCCUGGGCCCCAUCAGUGUGGCCCCACUUCCUGGCAAUCCAUCCCCAGGGCUCUGCCAGCAGUUGUUCUGGGGUUAAGCAUUAACCCACAUAGUGUCAGGAGGGGGUGGACUUUGCACCCGGAGCUGAGCCAGGGAGAAACGAUCUAUGACAGCGCGGUGGAGAAUGCCCGCACCGUGCUGCAGAUCGACAACGCGCGGCUGGCGGCCGAUGACUUCAGGGUGAAGUAUGAGGCAGAGCUGGCCAUCCGCACGUCGGUGGAGAGCGACAUCUCGGGGCUGCGCAAGGUGCUGGAUGACACCAACAUGGCACGGCUGCAGCUGGAGGGGGAGAUCGAGGCACUGCGUGAGGAGCUCAUCUUCAUGAAGAAGAACCACGAGGAGGAGGUGAAUGCACUGCAGGGCCAGGCGGCCUCCGCGGGGCUGACGGUGGAGGUGGACGCACCGCAGGCGCAGGACCUGGGCCAGGCACUGGCAGAGCUGAGGGCGCAGUACGACGCGUUGGCCAAGAAGAACGUGGAGGAGCUGGAGAAGCAGUGGGGGCAGCAGAUCUCGGAGACCACACUGGAGGUGACACAGAGCACAAAGGAGGUGGACACAGCACGGAGCCGACUGCUGGAGCUGCGUCGCUCAGUGCAGAGUCUGGAGAUCGACCUGGAUGCUCUGCGCAGCCAGAACGCAGGGCUGGAGGGCAGCCUGGCAGAGACAGAGGCACGAUACGGGGCACAGCUGGAGCAGCUGCAGGGCCUGAUUCUGCGCGGGGAGGAGGAGCUGGCACAGGCACGGGCAGAACUGCAGCGUCAGAACCGGGAGCACUGCGCGCUGCAGGAUGCCAAGAGCAAGCUGGAGGCUGAGAUUGCCACGUACCGCGCGCUGCUCGAGGGAGGAGAGGGGUUCAGCCUGCAGGAUGCUCUGGGGUCGGAGGGAACGGUCACCACCCAGCGCAGCACCCAGAGGAUGGUGGAUGGCAAAGUGGUGUCCGAGAGCAAAGAAGUCAAAGUGCGCAGCUACUGAGGGGGGACGGCGCAGUGCCACCCCCCGCCCCACAAAUAAAGGAGCAAAGUGACAAA